UUGCUUUUCGGUUAAAACUAACUGUGGUUUGUGAAUGUUGAUGCUUUAAUAACAAAUAUUUUAUCGGAAGCGUUUAUGCUGGGAUGUUGUGUGGGUGACACAAAACUUAAUAUUUCAUGGAUGUACGGACAAAAAUGCAUAUAAGCUACUUUUAUGCGGGAUUUUGCGGGCGGUAGGGGGACAAUAGGCCUAUAUAACUUUUUUUUUUUUUUUGCGUGAGCGGGGGACAGAAUCCUGCAGGAGCUGGCGGGAGCUGAAAUAUCCGUCCCGCGCAAGUGUCUACAUUCUGCUUAUUACACACACAGCUGUCUGCUUGUGCGCAUUAACUUCACGCACAGGCAGAUCCGUUUCCUCACUAGAGAAGUGUUCAGUUUUUCCACUUGCAAAUUCUGCCAUGUAAAUAGCGAAUCCGCCAUGGCGCGAGUGCAACUGGCUUUUAAAGGGAAUGGGAGAUGAUACUCUGAUUGGUUUAUUGCAUGUUAUGCCCAAAACACACCCAUUACUCAUUAAGAGAAUAGGGACAACCCUUUUAGACCAUGCACCAGGCGUGCAGACCAUUUUUCCUAUCCUUAAACUAGUAAAAGUGUAUUUGGACAUGCCCUAAGUGUACUUGCGCUGUGCACUUUAGACUAUGUGCUUAGAUCGUUAAAAUAGGACCCAAAGUAUCACAAAGGUAUCUCGGUGCUAAUAAGUACUGUUAGUGUUUUUUUUUUUUUAAGUGUUUUCUUUAUUCAAAACAUGAUGUGUGUAAAGGCUAAUGUUUUAUGUAUUUGAAGGAUGGAGAAGAGUGUCUUAGUCUAGUAUUUGCCAUCUAAUCAUAGCCAAUAAAGCCUGUCUGUAACACUUCAUGUUUUAUAACACAAGUUUUUUUGCCAAAUAUAUUAAAUGACAGUAAAAACUGAGUGCCCACAUAGCUACAAGCAACCUUUGUAAUCUUGUAAGUUGAUAAAAACUCGAUGCUAUGCAACUUAUGGCUGAUUCAUGUCAGUGUUAAUACUUCUCAUUCACUUUAAAUGGGUGACGUCAUGUGCUGAGUGAAUUGUGGGUUCCAUUAUGCCACGUCACUGGCCUUGCUUACAGCAGAAGUUGAAAAAUGAACAACUUCUCAAGCACCAAUGAAUAAGAAUUACGUUUUAGUUGGCUCAGAAGUAUUUUGUCACUGUCCCUGGAGCAACUGCGUUAUUUGUGUUUCAGGCCAUGGUCUUUAUAAUUAGCAAGUCAGGUAUAAACAAACCAGCACAUCGUAGCACAUCUCAGUGUAAGGAGCAGAAUGCACUUUAACUGUAGCCUGUGAAACAAAUGUGGCAGAAGAUGAAAAGUUUGGACUGAUAUUCAUCAUGUCAUUGGGAAACAUCAGCUUUGUAAGGGAUUUCGUCAUAGUCGGCUUUCCUGGACUUCAGCCUCAUUACUAUGGCCUUGUAUCAGCACUUCUGUUUUUUGUUUAUGUGUGUACACUGGUGGGAAAUGCUGUAUUUUUUACUAUAUUUGUAAUGACUAAGAACCUGCAGAGGCCUCUGUAUUAUUUCAUUAUAAAUCUUGUUGUGUGUGAUGUACUACUCAGCACCACAAUAUUACCAAAGAUAAUUAGCAGGUAUUGGUUCCAAGAUGAAACCAUUUCAUUCUUGGGUUGCUUUGUUCAGAUGUUCUUUGUGCAUUAUUUAGGCGGUGUCUGUUCAAAUGUUCUGGUAGUAAUGGCUAUAGAUCGCUAUGCAGCAAUAUGUUACCCACUUCGAUAUCAUAGUUUCAUGACAAACAGAAAUUUACUCAUUUUGAUCCUUGGCUCUUGGGUUUUGAGUUUAGUUGGACCCUUAAUGAUAGUCAUUCGAGCUUACCCUCUCCCUUAUUGUGCAGAAAACAAAAUUAUUCACUGUUACUGUGAUCAUGUUUCAAUUACAACACUGGCAUGCACAAACAGAGCACUGUAUAGUGUUCCAGCUCUCAUUUAUGCCCUUGUAGUACUGCUGGGGUCCUUUGCUGUUAUUGUUUUCUCAUACUGCUCCAUAUUUGCAGCAGUAAUGCAAAUUUCAAGCACUCGAGGAAGGAUGAAGACUUUCUCCACUUGCAGUCCUCAGCUCAUCAUAAUUGCUCUCUAUUUUCUACCCAGGUGUUUUAUUUAUUUGUUUGGCAAUAUUGGUAUAAACUUCAGUACUGAUUUGCGAUUAGUCAUUGUUAUGAUGUAUAACCUACUACCACCCAUGAUCAACCCCCUUAUUUAUUGUUUGAGAACAGAAGAGGUUAAAACAAUUUUAAGAAAGCCUUUUCAAAAGAAACAAACUGGUAUUCCUUUACAGUUGCUCUAAUGUGCUUUAUCACUUGAACUGGACAAACUGUAGUCAAACUAAUAUUAAUCCUCAUAUUAACAUAAAACAGAUUCCAGUGUUGGAUAUGAAUUUGAUUGGUUUAUUAUUAACAAUUUGCAUCUAUUUGACGUUAUUCAAAUAAUCAUAAAUAAUAAAUAAUCAUUGUGACAAUUAAAUUUAUUCAGUUAAAAAGUGUGAACAUGAUUAAAAUAUGGCUAGCUGUGGAACAAACAAUAUUCAUUUAGUUAAAAUAAAUGAUAUAAUGCAUAUUGAUAAAGUAAGAGUAAUAUGUAAGAGUAAGAGUCUGUGCAUGUAGCCCGUCCAAUUCUCACCUGCCCGCUCCAAGCGGGACGCGAACUUCGGGCCCGUCCACAUGGGAGUCAGACGCUCUAACAAGGAGGCUAAAGGCUAUAACCUCUAAUGUUAGUCAUUAGGUUUUAUACGCUCAGCUCUUACUAGCCUACAUCUGUUACAUGCAUAUUGAGGAUUUCAUGGAACAUUCCGGUGAUUUUGACAGAAGGACCAGAAUAGUGUGACUGAAGAUGAAUAGUGUGAUAGUGGGAGAGUACACGGUGGUUACAGCCACUUUACAUACA